CCUUCGCUCCCCCUCGCGCCCACCCGGCCUGACACCACUUCCGGUGCGGCCGGCGCGGAGCGGUGCUGCGGUGGGUGGGGGAACAGUCCCUCCCCCCCUUCCUGCGUCACGCAGGUGAGGAGCAACGGCCACGCCCUUAAAGGGUCCGCCCCGCCCUGACGAGGAGCCUCGGUGUCAUGCGCUAGGGGCAGCGGCAGCGGCGCUGAGGCGGCGGGAUGGGCGCGUUGGCGGCAGUGCUGGCCUGCGGCUGCAUGUGGGCGCUGGCGCACGGCCACAGUCUCUUCACCUGCGAGCCCGUCACGGCGCCCCGCUGCACGGCGAUGACGUACAACAUGACGUUCUUCCCCAACCUCCUGGGCCACUACGACCAGGACACGGCCGCCGUCCGCAUGGAGCCUUUUCUUCCUCUUGUGAAUCUCCAUUGUUCACCAAAUGUGCACACAUUUCUGUGCAAAGCAUUUGUGCCUGCCUGUGUGGAGCCAGUUCAUGUGAUUCAACCUUGUCGAAGCCUUUGUGAGAGAGUGUAUUCUGAUUGUAAACAAUUGAUGGACACUUUUGGGAUCAUCUGGCCUGAGGAACUUGAAUGUGACAGACUGGUGGAUUGUGAUGAAACUGCUCCUGUCACUGCUCCUGUAACCACAAAAGUCCAUGGAACGCAGAAGACCCUAGGACAAGCUCGAAGGGACUAUGGAUUUUGGUGUCCACGACACCUGCAGACCUCUAGUGGCCAAGGUUACAAGUUUUUAGGCAUUGAUCGGUGUGCACCGCCAUGCCCCAAUAUGUACUUCAAAAAUUAUGAAUUGGAUGUUGCCAAAAGCUUCACUGGAAUAGUUUCCAUCUUUUGCCUGUGUGCUACUCUGUUUACAUUCCUGACUUUUCUGAUUGAUGUUAAAAGAUUCAGGUAUCCAGAGAGACCAAUCAUAUAUUAUUCAGUCUGUUACAGCAUAGUGUCUCUAAUGUAUUUCGUUGGAUUUUUGCUUGGAAAUAGAACUGCCUGUAACAAGGCAGAUAAAAAGUUAGAAAUUGGUGACACAGUUGUUCUUGGUUCUCAAAACAAAGCCUGCACUGUCCUCUUCAUGGUUUUGUAUUUUUUCACUAUGGCAGGAACUGUAUGGUGGGUCAUUCUAACAGUCACGUGGUUCCUAGCAGCAGGAAGAAAAUGGAGCUGUGAAGCUAUUGAACAAAAAGCAGUGUGGUUCCAUGCAGUGGCAUGGGGCAUACCUGGUUUUCUUACCGUUAUGCUUCUUGCAAUGAACAAAGUUGAAGGUGAUAAUAUUAGUGGAGUAUGCUUUGUUGGACUCUAUGACCUGGAUGCAUCUCUCUAUUUUGUUCUUUUGCCUUUGUGCCUUUGUGUUUUUCUUGGUCUCUCUCUCCUUUUAGCAGGCAUUAUUUCUUUAAAUCAUGUGCGACAAGUCAUACAGCAUGAUGGUAGGAACCAGGAGAAACUGAAGAAAUUUAUGAUUCGAAUUGGAGUCUUUAGUGGCUUAUAUUUAGUUCCACUGGUGGCACUUCUUGGAUGUUAUGUCUAUGAGCUAGUAUACAGAAGGAUCUGGGAGACUACUUGGGUCUUUGACCACUGUGAUCAGUACCAUAUUCCAUGUCCUUAUCAGGCAAAGGUGCUAGCAAGACCAGAAAUAUUUUUGUUUCUGAUGAAAUACCUGUUGACAUUAAUCGUUGGCAUCUCUCCAGUGUUCUGGGUGGGAAGUAAAAAGACCUGUUCAGAAUGGGCCAAUUUCUUCAACAGAAAUCGAAAGAGAGAUCCGAUCAGUGAGAGUCGAAGAGUGCUGCAAGAAUCGUGUGAAUUUUUCUUGAAGCACAAUUCUAAGGUUAAGCAUAAAAAGAAGCACUACAAAUCCAGUUCUCACAAACUGAAGGUCAUUUCUAAGUCUAUGGGGACUAGUACUGGUGCUGCAACAAAUCAUGGAACUUCUGCAGUGGCAAUUGCUAACCAUGAUUACUUAAGCCAAGAGACCUUUACAGAAAUCAAAACUUCUCCAGAAAUGUCUGAGAAAGAGAUGGAGGCAGAUAGAACAUCCACCCAGAAAGUGGAGGCCACCCAGAAAGUAGAGGAGGGGGAAAAUGUUAAUACUGAAAAUGCAUUACGGAUAUCAUCUAUUUCUAAAUUGGCUGUGGAGCAGAUGGAAAAGAGAAGCAAAGUAGAGAAUACAUGUGCUAAGAUUAGCUUAUCUGAAAGUGUCAAGAGAAUGGGUGAAGAAGGGAUAACGCCUAAAAGUGAUUUAACAGAAAGUCAUCCAUCACAAGGCAGUAGUUCACAGCUACCUGAUGUUCAACAACCAGGCAGUGCCCAAGAUGCCUUAUCACUGCCUGCCAAUUCAGUCUCAGACACUAGAAAAGACAAGGAUUUUGCUAACAGUUCAAAUCCUUGAAAGAGAAGUUUUUGUAUGAAUGUGCUCAGUUUAUAAAACUGCAGUGAAUUCUGUGUUACACUGGAAAAAAUGAUGCUUUGUGCCUUAUUAAAUGAACUAAAUAUAACUCUUGUUUUGCACUUAAAACAAAAGUUCUACUGCAUAGUAGGGACAUCUAGCAAUAGUUUACUGUAUUUAAAGCCCAUCAGAGUAAUGGAAGCUGAGGGCAGAAUUCUACUUCACUGCUAAGAUGAGUAAGUGCUACCAAUGUAGUGUUUAAGUGUCUAAGUCUCCCACAAUCUUUGCCUUGUAUAUAAGUUUGACUCAAGCAUACAUCUCAAAUGCCUUUUAUGCAGCUACAGCUUUGCCCUGCUUGAUUAGAUGGGUCCCU